UGGAUCCCUCUGCCUCCAGCUCCCUCUGCCCAGAUCUUCCUUCUCCCACUGUCUCCCACUGUCUCCCACUGUCUCCCACAGACUCCACUGAAGUCACCCAAAUCCCUGGCACCAUGAGGGCACCCAGCACCCCUCUCCUGCUCUGACCCAUUCCUUAACAGGUGCACUUACCCCUGCAGGAAGAUGGAGGAUCAGUACCUUUCCAAACUGCACCCCUUGGUGGAUUAUGGGGCAGGAGCGUUUUUGUUAGUUGUGGCCAUCGUGACCAUAGUGGGCAACUUUGCAGUUCUUGCCACAGCAGUAAAAUGUUCAUCACAUCUCAAGGCACCGGAUCUCCUGUCUAUAAAUUUAGCUGUCAUAGACUUGGGCAUGGCCAUCAGUAUGUACCCGCUAGCCAUUGCUUCAGCCUGGAACCAUGCUUGGCUUGGUGGAGACUCCUCCUGCCUAUAUUACGCCCUCAUGGGCUUUUUCUUUGGGGUCGCCAGUAUGAUGACUUUAACUGCAAUGGCUGUAAUCCGCUUUCGGGUGACAUCGUCAUUCAAAUCCUGCGGUAGCACCAUACAGAAGAAAACAGUCUAUAUUCUCAUAGCAUGCAUAUGGCUGUAUGCCUUACUUUGGGCUGUUCUACCUUUGCUUGGAUGGGGACGCUACGGGCCGGAGCCAUUUGGAACAUCAUGUACAAUAGCCUGGGGGGAUUUCCAUAAUUCCUCCAAUGGUUUGUCCUUCGUCCUCAGCAUGUUCAUCCUCUGCACCCUCAGCCCAGCUGCCACAAUAUUGGUCUGCUAUUCAGGGAUCGUCUGGAAAUUGCAUAAAGCCUAUCAAGAAAUCAAGACUCAAGAUAGAAUCCCAAAUGCAAAAAAAGUGGAGAAGAAACUGACACUGAUGGCCAUAUUGGUCAGCUUUGGGUUCCUCAUCUCUUGGACGCCCUAUGCAGCCGUCAGCUUUUGGUCAAUAUUUCAUAGCAGCAAAUACAUCCCACCAAUAGUUUCAUUAUUACCCUGCCUGUUUGCAAAGUCCUCCACUGCCUUCAACCCCAUCAUAUACUAUGCAUUCAGCAAGACAUUCCGCAAAAAGGUCAAGCAGUUGAAGUGUUGCUGUGGAUGGCGGGUUCACUUCUUGCAAUCGGAAAACUCACCCGAAAACCCACAGGUAUCGGUCAUCUGGACAGGGAAAGACAACGGGUUGGUCUCUUCUGUUCCAAAGCUGGUGAAAGGAAACCUUGGGACCUCAACAAUGACUCAAUGAGUGACAAUGUUGUUUUCAGGGGCAAGAACAAAGGAGAGCACAUUACCUGCAGUGUUUUGAAUAUCAAUGUGUAUUUUUGAAAUCAAAAGUACAAAGCUAAGAUUACUAUAAACGUGCACCAUAUUCUUCUUCAUGUGUUUGCUAACCUGGAACAAUUACCGAUUGAUACACAUUAGAUCUGAGGAACAUCAAAAAGUAAUUGAAGUUGAGAAAAGAAGUUGCAAGGCAAAGUCAUUGUGCUGCGGUCUCAACUGUUUCCACAUAUAAAGACAAUUUUCUGCUGGAUAAAGAUCUUCUGGUUGGCAUCCUACUGAAAUAAGGAAGCCACAAGAAUGGAGUCUAUGGAAGGCUGGGAGUCACGAAGGCCAACACUUUCCAGCUGUCUUGUAAUAGAAGUUUUCCUUCAUCCAUAAAAUACAUACAUUAAUGCCAUAAUUAAUGUAAGGGUUGCCACCCAUCCAGUUUUAACUCGGACAGCCCGGUUUUUGGAAGGGCUGUUCAGGUCAAAACUGACUGCCUGUUUUUCCAAAUUAGGAAAACUGGGCAGGAUUCCCAGGAAUUGCCUGAUGGCGAUUUUAUUCGCCAGUGGUAAAACGUAAAAACAAUUUUGACAUUGGCGGCAAUUUAAUGCGCUCCCAUUGACUUUAAUGCAAUUGGACAAAAUAGGCAUGUGUCAAAUUAUUUCCGGUGUCUAAAUUUGCGGGAAAUUCGCAAAAGUUUACGGUGAAACGGGACAAAUUCGCCCAUCACUACUGAUCACCACAUCAUAACUCCGCCCCUGAUACGUCACUGCCCCAACCUGUCAUCAGCCCAUCCAAGAGAACAUCAGCAUGUGAUAUCUGUAGAGUUUAUCUUCUCAUUUAAGGUUCACACUCUGAUAUCUAACAACAGGGGUCAUUUAUGAGCCCUUGCAGCAGUGUAUUCAUGAGGGGAGGAGGCACAUAAAAAACCCCUCCUGCCAACUAAACUGCACGUUAUUCAGAUGGGAAAAUUAUGGAGUGGUAGAGGCUAUGGAACCAGUAAGAAUAGGGGACUUGUGCCUCCUGAUGCUGUUGUCUGACCAUUGCCGUUUCGUGAAUUUCACUGGAAAUUCACUUAUUCGCUGAGACAAAUUCGCCCAUCACUAUUAAUUUAUU